CAGAUGCCCAGGUUUACAGGCGUGUGCAAACCUUUGGGUCGCAGCAAGACAGUCGCCUUGGGGCUGAGGAUGAGGCAAACAGGGGCCUUGGUGCCGGGCAGCCUCCAAUCUCAGGAAUUCGGAAUAUAAGCUGAUGGUGGUGUCGCUUCCUGGUUUCGCUUCUUCCUCACUCACCACCAUCACAGUCUUUAGUAGUCUUCGCUGAAAGACUUUACCCACCUUCCUUCUAACCUUCCCUCCUUCAACCCAGUUAAUACCUUCUUUUCUUCGCGACUUUGAUAGUCUGCUUGUUGUCUACUUGCCGGUCUCUCCUUUGACAAAUUUACUCUUGAAGCAACGUUCUUUAUUUACGUCUGUGACGUUUAGUUAAUUUGUUACCUUUCUAAUCCCUUCUUUUGUAUUAACUGGGUUUAUACCUCCUUCACUCGACAAGAUGUUUUUCAAGAACUGUGCCGUGUUGGCCCUCGCGACUGGUUUCGCUGCCGCUUCGCCCGUCAAGGCUCCCCGUACGCCUGAGGAACUCCCCGCCUACCGACGGAGCACCGAUGUGACCCCCGCCAAGCGUGGGAACGACGGGUUUGGCAACGGCUUCGGUAACCAGUUCAACGACAUCAGCAACAAUGACAACUUCAACUUCUUUGACCAAUUCAACAACUUCAACAACUUCAAUAACGAGCAGGUCAUCCAAGUGCAGAAGGAGAACCUCCAGAUCGUCGACAACGGCCGCGAGCAAGCCAUCGUUCAGCAAGUGGAACAGGUUCUGGUCAUCAACCAGAACAACGGCCGCAAUGGCUUUAACGACUUGGCCCGAAAGUCCAACUUCAGGAAUAACCGAAACGAUGUCAGCACGGUCAUGUUGGUUGUCCAGGAAAUCCAGGUUGCGGUUGAUGAUGGCGAAGGCAAUUUCUUCAGUCAGUCUGUGUUUGCUCAGUCGGCUGUUGUUGCCAACCGUGGCCGUCGCCAGAGCGAGACUGUCAUGAUCUUCCAAUCCGAAGUUCUCAUUGCAACUAACGUCAUCAACGGCCGCAACGGCUUCGGUGGUAACAACGGCUUCGGUGGCAACAAUGGCUUCGGUGGUGGUAUCGGCGGUGUCGCCUCUCCCACUAACGCCCCCGUCGCGGGCGAAAUCCCCUCAAACGGAACCGUUACCGCCAUCCCGACUGCCACUGCUGGCGUUCAGCUUUUUGGUGACAAGCCAACCUGGUCAUCUGUGGUUGAGGACCCUGCUGCCAGCAUUGCCGCGGCGUGGCAGGCGGAGCUCCAGGACGCACAAAACGUUGAGAACGUUAACCAGAACAACGAGGCCAACCAGGCGGCUGCUCAGCAGAUCGGAGAGGUGGCCAAGGGAGGGAAGAACUAAGCGACAACCGACAUUGCGAUUCCACUGCAGAUGGAAGUAUGCGUUCUGUGAUCUGAGGUUGGUGCAGAGAUGAUAGCAGAUACCCUCAAAUGUCGUUUCUCUAGAUUUCCUCGCUUUUCUUCAUUGUCCAAGUGUUCUCAUUCUUGAUAGGUGCAUGUGCAUGCUCAUGCCCUCUGGUGGCGUUUGGCUUCUGUCAUGGUUCGGGCGGUAUUGGAUAGCAACUUUGUUGUGUGGUAGGGUGAAUGCCAGCUCCUGACUGGUUCGGAGAAUGAAGGAAUUAUGAAAGACCCUUUCGUGUCAUGCUUGGCUUGGCUGAAGAUGUGACAGGUUGCAUAGAUGG